AUGGUUAGAGAUUUUGGGGGUUUGAGACCCACAAGAAACAUGAGUUUAGAAGAAAUUGUUGCCAUGUUUGUGUACACUUUGGCUCACCAUGAAAAAAAUAGAACGAUUGGCCUUACAUUUUUCCGAAGUGGAGAAACAGUGAGUCGCCAAUUUAAUCUUUGUCUUCUAGCAGUAUUAAAAUUACAUGACUUGCUACUCGAGAAUCCUGAGCCUAUUACUGAUGAGUGCACAGACGACAGAUGGAAAUAUUUUAAGAACUGUCUUGGAGCUUUAGAUGGGACUUUAAUUAAAGUGACACCACCUAGUGAUCAGAAGCCAAGAUAUCGAACAAGAAAAGCAAGUAUUGCAACAAAUGUAUUAGGAGUUUGUUCCCCAAACAUGAGAUUUAUAUAUGUUUUGCCUGGUUGGGAAGGUUCUGCACAUGAUGGUCGUGUGCUUCGAAAUGCUAUCUCUAGACCUAAUGGUCUUAGAGUACCACAAGGUUGUUAUUACUUGGUGGAUGCUGGAUAUUGCAAUGCAAAGGGAUUUCUUGCCCCAUUUCGAGGGCAAAGAUAUCACCUUAAUGAAUUUCAUGGUCGUCGACCAGAGACACCUGAAGAAUUUUAUAAUAUGAAGCAUUCCAAAGCGAGAAAUGUGAUAGAGAGAUGUUUUGGACUACUAAAAGGAAGAUGGAAAAUUCUAGCAUCACCUUCAUUUUUUACAAUUCGAACACAAGUACGAAUUAUAAUGGCUUGUUGUUUAUUGCAUAACUUGAUUCGAAAGUUCAUGUCCUAUGAUCCACAAGAACAAAUGCCAUGUGAAGUGUCAGACAGUGAAGAGGAUGAAAGUGAUGUCGACGAUGGAGAAAUGGAGUAUAUAACAACUAUUACACCAAGUGAUGACUGGACCAAUUUUAGAAACAAUUUAGCUGAAGAAAUGUUCACCACCUGGCGAGCUACAUUUGAUGGUUGA